AUGGCAACUGAAGAUAAGUAUGAGACAACAAAUCAAGUGCCACCAAUACCGAUGCCUGAAAAUCAAGUACAAUAUGACAUAAAUGUACCAGCAUUAGAUGAUGCUAGCAAUCAAAUGCUUCAUGAACUCUAUGUUUCUAUGCAACCAGUAACGGAUACUACAAAUAAAAAUGAGAUAGACAAAUCAUGCGAGAUAAGGUAA